UGUGCAAUGGCGCCGGGCCGGAUCUAACCUGUGGUGUAGCUAGGCAAACUGUCAGCUGUGGAGAUUACAACAGAUGGCAGCAAGGAGCGAGAGAAGCCCACCAAAUUCAUUAGAAUCUCAAGCGCUGGGGAAUCGUAUUGGUUUUCCUAAAGAAAUUUUGGCAGCUAAGGUCGAGGGGAAGUACCUGUGCUUCGAGUGUCACGGGAUCCUGAGGAAACCCUUCCAGGCACAAUGUGGUCACCGCUACUGUGCCUCCUGUCUGAAGGGGAUUGUCAGCAACGGCCCACAGAAGUGUGCAGCCUGCAUUGAAGAGAACAUUUAUGAAGAACCACUGUCUCUUCUGGAUGCCAAUUCAGCUUUCCCAGACAACGCGGCUCGCAGGGAAUUGGACAACCUGCCUGCAGUUUGUAGCAAUGAGGGCUGCCCUUGGAAGGGCACCAUCAAGGACUAUGAGGCUGAACACGAGGGAAGGUGUGAGUAUGUCCUGAUGCCUUGUGAAGCGUGCAGCAAGAAGGUGCGUCAGGUCGAUCUAUCCCGCCAUCUGGAACGAGAAUGUCCUGAAAGAAACCUCAACUGCAAAUUCUGCAAAAUGUCCUUCCACCACAAGGAUAUAAAGGCUCACGAUGAAAUCUGUUCCAAAUACCCAUUAAUGUGUGAAUGGUGUGGGAAGAAAAAGAUUUCAAGAGAAAAGUAUUCAGAUCACAUUCGAACAUGUGGGAAGGUGAAGCUCCUUUGUCGCUUCCACCAGAUUGGCUGUGAAAUGGCAGUUGAGAAAGAGAAAUUACUUGAGCACGAGAACCAGUGCACAGUAGAGCACCUCCGUAUGAUGCUGCCACAAAUCAUGGAGAUAAAGAAUGCAACAGGUGGCUUGCAACCCGCGAGUCUGCAGCAGGGCAGUGUUAAAGUAAACCAGCUGCUGACUUCAGUUCGACAAAUAGAAGAAUCAAUUAGGCCUUUCUACUCUCUCGGUCAGCAGGCCGCCUCCUCUGAGAUGUCGGGGAAAUCCGAAAAGCUAGACAACGUCGAAAAGCGAUGCGAAGCUCUCAAACACCAAGCUGAAACGUUUGAAAAUAUUGUUUGUGUUCUCAACCGUGAAGUGGAGAGAGCCUCUGUGAGCAUGGCAGCAUAUGAGCAGCAACACAAGCUAGACCAGGAGAAGAUUGAAGACCUGCUGGCAAAGGUGCGUCAGAUGGACCGUGUGUCAGCACUGAAGGACCUGGCGAUAGCAGAGCUGGAGGUGAAGCUGCAAGCCCUCGAGCUCAGCACCCACAACGGCGUCUUCAUUUGGAAGAUAGGAGAUUUCAGCAGAAGGCGACAGGAUGCCAAAUCCCAGAGGUCACCGGCCAUAUUCUCACCAGCUUUCUACACCAGUAAGUACGGAUACAAGAUGUGCAUGCGUAUCUACCUGCACGGUGACGGCGUGGGUCGUGGCACCCACCUGUCCCUCUUCUUUGUCAUUAUGAAGGGAAACUUCGACGGAUUGCUCAGAUGGCCAUUCAAACAAAAGGUGACACUCAUGUUGCUGGACCAGACCAAUCGUGAGCACAUCAUUGAUGCAUUCCGACCGGACGUCACCUCAUCCUCUUUCCAGAGACCAGUCAAUGAGAUGAACAUCGCCAGUGGGUGCCCUCUCUUCUGUCCACUCAGCAAACUGGACGGCAAUAAUAAUUAUUUGGUUGAUGACAGCAUUUUCAUCAAGGCUAUUGUGGAUUUAACAGACCUGUAACAAACCUUUAUCACCUACAGCAGGGUCAAAGAUCUCAAGCUGUCAGCCUUGCUAUAUCGUUGUAUUGAGGGGGGGGAUUACUCAGUCAGCAUGAUUGCAACAGAAGUACAGGCACACUGGUCCCACUGCCACUCAGAUAUGUGCUGGACUGAGAGCUGGUCAGUAAGAAGCCCACUGCAGUCCCCUUUCCUUUUCCAGUCUACCUGCAAUCAGUGGAUGAUGUGCUGCUUGUUGCUAAACGCAGAGUGGUAGCAGGAGGAACAUCUGGCUGGUCUUUCCCCCAUAGGCCGUUUUUGUAAGCGGAAUGGGCAGCUAAAGAUGAGGUACAGUGGAUGUAUCUUGUCUCUAUCUUUCCCCUUUUCUCUCGUGGAAGAGUCAAAACCAGUGUAUUCUAAAGUGAUAGACACAAAAUAUUGGAGUAACUCAGCGGGUCAGGCAGCAUCUCUGGGAAAAAUGGGUGACGUUUUGGGUCGAGAUCCUUCAGACUGAAUCGGGGAGAGAUACAGAGAUAAGGAAAGGGUGCGAAAACCAGAUGGGAUGGAGAUUAAGGAGAAUGUAGAAUAGAUCAUUGUUUGCUAGAAGUUAACAACAAAGCAGACAACGAUAAAAUGUAAACGAGGACAGUCAGACUAGUUAGAGAAAUGGGAAGGGGGGGAAGGAUGGAGAGAGAGGGAAAGUUACUUGAAGUUAGAGAAGUCAAUAUUCAUUGAAGUAUGAACAGGGGGAAUCUGGGUUGCAGGUGUCAGAUGUGUUAUUGUAGGUGUGGUGGGGGCAAGAUACAGCUGUCGUGUGCCUAUUUCGUGGGGUAAAAGUCACUGAGAUGAUGAAAGUCUCCCAUUAACAUGCCAUACGAACAUUGAAUUGCUUCUAUUCAGGAAGGGAGACUGGAAGCGUGCUGCACACUUGACCCAGUCUUGGAGAACUCUCAAUGUCAGCAAUGUUCAUCUCGAUUCACUCGGGUGUCAUCUCCACCAAGCCAAUUACUGUUAGAUGCAAGAGUGCCCGAGUACCUCUUCCUACUGCCUGGCUGUUUUUUGAUGAAGGCAUGUUAUUUCAAGGAAGUGAGAGGGAGGUUGAGGAAGAAAAUGCAGAAACUCAAAAGAUGCUAGUCCUUACCAACCGUCCUUGGCUUGGACCUCAUCCUGGGAAUGAAAAGUUUGAAUCAGCAGUUUUCAGGGUUUCUGAAACUAGAAAUUUAAAAACUGCAGAUGCUGGAAAUCUGGAAUAAAAAAAAGCAGUAAAUGUUGGAAAAAACUCAGCAAAUCUACAGAAAGAGAAACGGUCAAUAUUUCAUUAACUGAUGAAGAGGUUGGCCUGAAAAGACUUUCCACUGAUUCUGCCUCACCUGCUGAGUUUUACUAAAAUGUUCUGUAUUUGCUUCAGAUUAUGGAGUGCUUUGAUCGAGUUUAUUUACUCUUAAUAUAAUAUUAACUAUAGUCCAUAAUUUUAUGGAAAAUAUAUAAUUUUAGUAAUGUAUUUUUCCAGGUUGUUUUCAGGAGUGGAAGCACGUGUAGGCCUUGAAGUAGCUGGAAGUUAAUGGAGCUGGGGGACUCUUUUGAAGAUUCAGUCUCCAUCUCUAUCUACCACACCUGGGUGGGCCAUGGUUAUAGUAGGGAAGAAUUCCAACUGGGUAAGACUGCAGUGGGAGAGAUUGACAAUGCCCAGGGCUGAAAGGAAGGUUUGGGAUGCCCUGUUUUGGCUUCGUUUUUAUCUGGAAUGUACUUGUGGAAAAUACAUAUCAUUCAUGUUGUUAACCCCCAUCUGUUACCCUGUGGAUACAUAGAGGGUAUUUGCAGUGAGACGUGAAAGAUUGAUAUGGACAGAUAAUUAUUUAAUCACAAUUCAGAGAUACUCCUGGUUGUGGUAUCCAUGGUGUACCCAUUCCCUAUACCCUGCGAAUAACACAUUAACUCUCACUGCCUCACAAGAGAAUGACUAAUUUGGCCACGUGACAUGGACCAGCACCUAUCACAGACUAGGAUCUGGAAUGAGAGAGAAUGGAUUGGGAAGAAGCUCCAGUUAAAUGAGGCUAAUAUUCCUGAGGUAGGGUAUUUCCCAGUGGUGACAUUGGGUUUAAACAGUUGUGUGAAGAGAAGGGCCCUGUCUUUGUGCUUAUCCUAUUGUGAAACUGUUUAUAUAAUUGAGCUGGCUUCUAGCCAAGGGCAGGCAGUUAUGCCAUUGACUCGAGUGUUUGAUUUGCCAUCACGUUAAUUCUGUUUGGGGACCAGCCUUUUUCAUUGUGGGCAAUAUUAUGUUUAGUACACUCCACCCUGCCUGACAUUUAGAAUAUUUAUUGUGCUCUGGUUUUUUAUGUUAUUUAGUUUAGUUUAGAGAUACAGCGCGGAAACAGACCCUUCGACCCACCAAGUCCACGCUGACCAGCGACCCCCGCACAUUAGCACUAUCCUACACGCACUAUUUACAUUUUUACCAAGCCAAUUAGCCUACAAACUUGUACAUCUUUGGAAUGUGGGAGGAAACCGGAGCUCCCGAAGAAGACCCAUGCAGGUCACGAGGAUAACAUACAAACUCCAUACAGACAGCACGCUUAGUCAAGACUGAACCCGGGUCUCUGCCGCUGUAAGGCAGCAACUUUACUGCUGUGCCACCGUGCCGUCCAUGUUUUUAUGGAAUUGAGGGAAGUCAAGACUCUGAGCAUGGUGGAUGUUUGUGGAAAACAUUGCACCUGUUGCUGAUGGUUGGUGGAAUUAUUGGAGGGCAGAGCAGAUAUUUCAUUGGGUUUAAACAGAAAAUGCUGGAAGCACCUGACAGAUGAUGCAAGAUCCAUCGAGCACCCAAGCGCUCUCUGCUCUCACGCCAGAUCUACACGUGGUUGUUAGCUCGGUGUUGAGUUCCCCGCGAUCGUCUCAGUCAGAUGAGAUGCUACAUCUUGAAUUUGCAUCGUUUUAUUGGAUCAGAUUAAUUUACCUUGUUCUGAAGCAGAGUUGUCAACCCGACCACUAACCCCAUCUCUUUCUCACUCUCUCUCUCUCUCACACACACACACAUAUUACCUGACCUACUGAGUGUUGCCAGCGUUUUUUGUUUUUAUUUCAGAUUUCCAGAAUCUGCAGGUUUUUUUGCUUUUCAAUAUGUCCAGGUGUCUGCUGUGCUCUGAUAUCUGUUCAUUGUGUGGCUUUCAUACAAUGGGUCUUGUAUACAAAUAAUUGGAGGAAGGAUAUGUCAAUAUAGAUCUGUCAGCUGUGAAUUCAGCAGCAAGGAUAUAAUUUAAUGCAACUCCGUGAAGGAGUGAUAUAGUGAAAUAUUUGUGUUUUUUUUGUUGUUGUAAUUGUACUACCCAGAAGAGGCAGCUGCCUGAGGAGAAAGACUGGGUUAAUAAUUGCUGUUGCUCAAUGAAUACAAUUAGUAAUAAAGCAUCAUGUUUACAAAUGUAUUCCACCGUUGAAGUGAAGGUGCUGUCCUGUAAAGAAUGGGCCACACUGGCAGCAGUGUGUAAUGUGAACUCUUAUCAAUGCCAUUAUAAAACAUCAGUUUGAGGAUAGUGCUUUCCUGCAUCGGCUCGUUGAUGGGGUCAGUUGAAUUCAGUCAACUGACAUGGAAAGCAUUGGUAGAAAUUGGCUAAGUCUACAGAGCUGGCUUGAUGAAUUCCAUACACAACGCACCCCUAUGUAACAUUCAUGUCACAGAUAAAUCCUUUUAAGGAA